CACGAUCUUGAUGGGCCCACUCCCUUUCUCAUUGGAUCCUAUUUCUUUUUUUCUUUUCCUUUUUCUCAUCUCUGCUGUCUUACCAUCGGGCCGUCUGGUAUAAAUUGUCAAGAUGUGUAUGUCGUCUAUCAGCUCCAAGACCAAAUCCGGUUACCUUGCCAGAUUACCCAAGCCAGAUUAAUCUUGCAACCCUCCGUUCCUAUUCGGGCGCUCUUAUCAUUACUCAAUCGAAUAAUCCAAUUCUUAAACCCUUUCUUCUCCCCCCUCUUGGACUCCACCCCGGAUCUCAGUUUCCGUCUCCACCGGAGCUUUAUUGGUCCUGGCCCACUCCAUACAAUACAGACCCCCAUUCCCAUUCCCAUUCAUUCGGUCCGGUCUGAACGUCUCCGCGCAUUCGUCGUUCUGACUCAAACCGGUGACCCCGAUCCGUUCGAUUUCAACCGCUGCUAUUUAUCAUUUUAUCCGUCCUGACUCUUGACACUCGACCUUUUCUCCAUUAUACCCCCUUCUCCCCCCCCCACUCUAUGGUUCUUGUGGAUCCACCCUUUGUUCGUGCUCCCACCUUUUUGAACUCGGAUCUAUAAAGGACCGGACUAUGUCCGACGAUCUUUGGGUUUAUUUGGUCUCUGCAAUUCAUCCCACUCCCAACUCCGACACGAUGCCCGCCGUUCUUCAAUCUACAAUCCAUCUCCUCGAGUCCGAGCUAGUCAAGGCUCGCGCGGCACUCCAGGAAAUUCAUCCCCAUGCGCCACUCUUGCGCAUUGGCGACGAGGUCGCCGUCGGCGCCAUGGCCGCCUAUCGCCAGAAUUUAAUCAGCCGUGCUCCGGAUUUCUACGGCACUCGUCGAUUAACUAUGAAAGAAUUGGGUCUGGAGCCGGUCAUACGAGAGAUCCCGGCAGAGAAGAUUACUCCUGCCGAGCCCAUUCCGCAACGCAAGCCUGCACCCAAACGACGAGCCCCGUUGGAGGAGAUGCUCUCCAAUAGCCUGAUCCUUGACCAUAUGUCACCAUAUCUCGCCGCACCAUCGUUGAUGGCCCUGGCGUCGACAUCGCGACUUCUCUACAAUAUGAUUACGGGUACUCCUUAUGUGUUUAGGCAUCUGGACCUGACCCGCUGCCGAGGCGCGCAGCUACCCACUCAAUCAGCUAAAGAAGAUGAAAUGAAGACGGAGGAUGAAGUCUACUCGGCUCCAUUGCGACGCAUCUUUGGCAGCCUUGAAAAGCGGUCUAUCCUACAAGAUGUGCGCACACUGGUCCUGGACGGCCUUUCCGUGCCAGCCGACCUGAUCGCAGACAUCAUCUUGAGUGAUCGAUUUAAUGUCAACAUUCUUUCCAUUCGCGAAUGCCAACAUCUCAACGAGCGCAAGCUGAUUCAAGUCAUCCAACAUGCCGUGCGGCCCACUCGUCCCAAGGGAACCCCCAAAGUGAAGGGAAUCUAUCAUUUCUCCCCAAUGCACACUCCGCCGCGCGCCGAGGUGCGGCGUCGAUACCGGGACUGGUGGGGAUCUCGCGUGGGUAGCUCACGAAGCUCCAGUCAAAGCCCAUCAAACAGCUCGUCAGACAACGAAGAAGAAGAGACGGAAGUCGUAUCUCGACAAUACCAACGAAACGAAUGGUAUAGCCCUUCGGGAAAAGUGUUCAAGCACAGUCUAGACGAAGGCUGGGCGCAGACUCUCCAGAAAUGCGAGGGUCUCAUCGCUUUCGACGCGGUUCUGUGCCGUGGGCCACGCCAUGAUGUCAAUCUCUACACCAACGCAGAUGAGGAGAACCCCGCCCCCGAGGGCCGCUUACUCGGCCCAGCUAUUGCCACCGUGGCCCUGGGUCCACGCGGAUGCGAUGGAUGUCAUAGUUCGCCCGAGGGCCCGUCAAUCUGGGGCCAGUCCCCGGAUACCCAGUUUCCACUGCUGAGCCCCGUACCAUUGCAUGUAUCGAGUGUUGCUGCAGCCAAGCGGCCGGAGUUGAUCCCUGGGGAGCACCCCGUCUUGAUUGCGCGAUGUACAGACUGUUUGACCGACCGCUGGUGUCACCGGUGCAACAAGUGGUUCUGCUCAAACUGUCUGCCGCACCCGCGGCACGUCCAGGCUAGCCUCACACCGCACCAGACUGCGAUUCGACCACCGGGUCAUCAUCCCCACGGAGCUGGACCACCCCAUGCUGAGCGAGAGAGACUCGAGCGCGGUGUGAGCAAAGAUUGCUGGGAGUGCGGUCCGACUUGCGGUCCCUGCAAGCGGAACACCCAGCACACCUGCCGAAGCUGUGGAGGUGAUUAUUGUAUCGAGCAUAACGAGGGAUGCUCGGCGACGAUGUGCGACUGGUGCAACACCAGCUCUCGCCACCGCAUGCGGAGUUUCCGUUAAAUCAGACGGGUGGAUAUUAAUUUUUUUUCUUCUGAGUAACUUAUCAAAUAAUUGACAUGGAUUUAUAAGCCGGGAGUUCUUAGCGUA